AUGGGCGUUGGCGAAACUGGUGCCGAGACUUUGCCAAGCCGACCGCCAUCCAGCGGUGCAGGUCUCGGCGUUGCUUACUUUUUACUUGCAAGAAUUGGCCGCAAAACGCAUCUGGGGCAAAAAAGAAAAGAGAGUCUGGAACCUGCGACUAGUUGUUGUCUAGCCUCGGUUCAGAGUGGGAAAGGAAGAAAAAAAAAAGGCAAAGACGAAAAAGAAGAGGAGGACAAAGAAGCAAAGGAGGAAAUACCGACCAAGGGAAAAAGAGCGGUCAUUGUCGGCCGCGUCGAUGGUAUCAGUGCCAAGAGAAAAAGCGGCAGUUAG